AUGUGGAAUUAUGUCAAAAAAUGGACGAAAACAUCAUCGGAUUUAAUCAGUUGUACAGCAAGUGUUGUAUUUGUACGUGGAAAUAAAUUAUAUAUUGAACAUGUUGGAGAUUCAUCAAUUGUAAUAGGUGAAGCUUCAAUUUCUUCCGAAGAUACUGCUCAAAUCGAUCAACCAUCAACAAUCAUUAUAGGUCAAACACCUCAGCGACCUAAACUUGUUGUACAACGUAAAGAACAUAUUCUCACAUCAAUUUCUAAUGGAUUGACACCUGUGAGAACUCCAAAACGUCCUGCAUCGGAUGAUAUAACUGAAAUGCUGAAUAACACACCACUUCAGGAUAUUCUUCCUCCAGUUCGUUCAACAAAUAAUGAAGAAGAUGAUCAAGAAUUUUUACCUUUAACUAAACAAAUACCUAAAAUAUCAAUAUUUGAUGAUGAUUUAGCUCGAAAAGUUGAAGAAUGUUUUCGUAAUAAUACGAAUGAACAACAAUCUGAUAUUGAUAUGAUGGAAAUUGAUCAAAUAAAUAACAAUAAAGAAAAAUCUUCUAGACGUUGUCGUUGUCGUUCUCGUUUUCGUUUUUCAUUUUCAAAUAAUCAUCAUUCACCUGAACAAGAACAUGAGCAAAAUUCAAAAAGAAAAUCUCGUUUAUGUCGAACGCAUUCAGCUUCAAUAAUAAAUCAUGAAGAUCAACAUAAAAUAACUUCAUCACAUCGACGAAAAUCAUAUAGUACUAUUGGAUUAGCUAAUGAACUUAAAAAUCUUCCAAAUAAUAAUAAUGAACAAGCAACAAGUCUUGAUAAAAAAUCAACAAAAACAAAAUCAUCAUUAGCAAAUCGUGUUAAACGAGCUUUUUCAUAA